UAUAUAGUGCCUUGGCUUUCUAUUUGUCCCACCAUAUUUCUUUCAUUGUACACCAAUUUAGUAGUUCACUGUCAUCACAGAAACUAUGUCCCUUAACAUAUCAUCGGAAAAUUCAACAGGUUUGACCCCUUUUCUCUCGACAUAUGCGUACGUUGUUAUUGGCGUGCUAAUGACCGGAGCAUCAAUCGUCGGAAUCGGACUUAAUGGUCUUUUCGUUUACGUUUUUUGGCGACAGACAUCGCUUAAAACGCCAACAAACUAUUUCAUCUUGGCUCUUUCACUGUUGGAUUUCAUCAUGUCGUUGUUUGGACUACCAAUGGUAGCGAUUUCUUGUUUUGGAAAGCACUGGGUUUUUGGUGCUAAAGGAUGUGUUUACUACGGAUUCAUAAUGACGUUCGUAGGAUUAUCUAUCAUCACUAUCCUUGCUACUAUAUCAUUUGAUCGCUACAUUGUCAUAGUAAAAACUCAUUUGAAGUCUAUGAUAAGUCAACGUGUCGCUGUGAGUAUGAUAAUUGUUUGCCUGCUGUAUGGGCUAGCUUGGGCCAUUGCUCCUCUUGUUGGAUGGAGCGAAUAUGUUUUGGAAGGUGUCAGUAUAUCAUGUUCUGUAAACUGGACCAGUGACACCCUCAACGAUGCAUCCUUCAGUGUAGCGAUGCUAAUAUUGUGCCUGCUGGUCCCUGUCGGAGUAAUUUUGUUCUGUUAUGGAAACAUCUUUUAUAAGGUAAGAAGAAGUGGUCAUAAUCAGACACUUUCUGACUCUGAUCGUGGCUCCAAAAUGGACCGAGACGUAGCGAAGACGAUCUUGUGGAUGAUACUUGCUUUCAUCGUUUCCUGGUCUCCGUAUGCCCUUUUGUCCAUGACAGCUGUGAUUGGUGGGGCAUCAACUAUUUCACCUGGCUUGUCUGUCUGCCCUACCAUCUUGGCCAAAAUCAGUGUAGUUUGGAACCCGCUGAUUUAUAGCUACAGAAACAGAGAGAUACGCAGGUCCAUGUUAGAAUUCCUCCCGUUUCUUCAUUGUUGGCUCAAUUUACCAUGUGUGAGGUUACAGGGUCAAGGCCAGAUACGACCUGAUAUGUACAGAAAUGAUACCACAGGAAUGGUAGCAUUGCCAAGCACUUCAACAGAGGGUACACAGACAACGGGCAAGCGUCUACCGAAACAGGGGAUACAACUGGAGGAUGAGUGUACAGAGCUCAAUAAAAAGGCUGCUUCGAUGAAAACUGGGAAUAAUCCCACAUCACGUCUUAAGGUUAAAGCUGAUAUGUUCACCGUCCGUAAUUAAUUCUUAAAAGAAACUACGAUGAAUGAAAAUGAUCUGUAUAUAUUGUACUGUAAUCAUGCCUUUAUAGUACGAUGGCUGAUUAAGGACAUACACAUUUUUUUUCUAUGCUAGGGCCC